AUGCAGAGUGAUGGUUGGACAAUUGGUGGCGUUGUUACCGAUAAUGCCGGACAAUGCGCGCGGGCACGACGAAUUUUAAGUCUACGGUGGCCGCAUAUCUCAUUUCAGAUCUGUUUUGCUCAUGAUCUAAACAAUUUAGUCAAGGCAGUUCUAAAGUCAGAUUUUUCUGAGGUCACCAAGCAAGCAUCAGACGCGGUCAAUGCUCUGAAUGCGUCUUCCGCAAAGUGGUUAGUCGAAGCAAGGACGUGCAUGGUGGAUACUUAUGGAUAUUUUCUGAAUCUGAAACAAUUAUGUGAAACCCGUUGGAACAGCAUGCAUGGAUGUUUGCAUCGUUGUUGCGCGUUCAAAGUGCGCUUGAGUUACUAG